GUCGCGGUCGCACGCGCAGUUGGUCUUUGGUACUGUGGCGGUGUGGGUGAGUUGGGUGCCGGUGGAGUGCUGUUGGUCCUCAGAAUCCCCGCGUAGCCGCUGCCUCCUGCUGCCCUCGCCAUGUUUCUCACCCGGUCUGAGUACGACAGGGGCGUGAAUACUUUUUCUCCCGAAGGAAGAUUAUUUCAAGUGGAGUAUGCCAUUGAGGCUAUCAAGCUUGGUUCUACAGCCAUUGGGAUCCAGACAUCAGAGGGUGUGUGCCUAGCUGUGGAGAAGAGAAUUACUUCCCCACUGAUGGAGCCCAGCAGCAUUGAGAAAAUUGUAGAGAUUGAUGCUCACAUAGGUUGUGCCAUGAGUGGGCUAAUUGCUGAUGCUAAGACUUUAAUUGAUAAAGCCAGAGUGGAGACACAGAACCACUGGUUCACCUACAAUGAGACAAUGACAGUGGAGAGUGUGACCCAAGCUGUGUCCAAUCUGGCUCUCCAGUUUGGAGAAGAAGAUGCAGAUCCAGGUGCCAUGUCUCGUCCCUUUGGAGUAGCAUUGUUAUUUGGAGGAGUUGAUGAGAAAGGACCUCAGCUGUUUCAUAUGGAUCCAUCUGGGACCUUUGUACAGUGUGAUGCUCGUGCAAUUGGCUCUGCUUCAGAGGGCGCCCAAAGCUCCUUGCAAGAAGUUUACCACAAGUCUAUGACUUUGAAAGAAGCCAUCAAGUCUUCACUGAUCAUCCUCAAACAAGUAAUGGAGGAGAAGCUGAAUGCAACAAACAUUGAGGUACUUUCUCCACAGUGCAGCCUGGCCAGAAUUUCCACAUGUUCACAAAGGAAGAACUUGAAGAGGUUAUCAAGGACAUUUAAGGAAGCCUGAUUCUCAGAACUUCUCUGGGACAAUUUCAGUUCCUAAUAAUGUCCGUAAAUUUUAUUUCCAACUCCUGAUCCUUGGAAAAUCUCCAUUGUAUGUGCAUUUUUUUAAUGAUGUCUGUACAUAAAGGCAGUUCUGAAAUAAAGAAAAUUUUAAAAUAUUUGUU